AUGCCAGACCAAUCCAAACCACUGAGCCGCGAACCAGAAGUCGAAGAUCUCAUCAAGAACUUCAUAACACCCGUUGGUCAAGGUUACGACCGCAACCACUCCACACAUCCCGUGCAACUCAAUGCUUCGACACACCGCGUGAAAAUCAAUGGCCAAGUCACAAGACCUAUAGAGCUGUCAAUUUCAGAGCUUCGGAACGAGUUUGCGCAACACGAAGUUGUCUGCGCGCUGCAGUGCGCGGGCAACAGAAGGCAUGUCAUGCGCACGAAGAUCAAAGAGGUCGAUGGAGUGGACUGGUUGGAAGGCGCAGUUAUGAAUUGUAAAUGGCGUGGUCCGCUUUUGGCUGAUGUGCUCGAGCGUGCUGGAGUCAAGAUCGAUCAACAGGAUCGAGGCAAUGCGCAUGUUGCGUUCGCAUCGUGUGAAGUGGAAUGCGAUGAUGCCGCAUGGUAUGGCGCCAGUAUCCCCUUGUCCAGGGCAUUGCGCCGGGACGCAGAAGUCGUGCUUGCGCUUGACAUGAACGAUCAGCCUCUUUCACUCGGUCAUGGAUUUCCGGUGAGGGUUGUAACGCCGGGUAUUGCGGGUGCGAGAUCUGUCAAGUGGUCGAACCAGGUCACAGUGCAGAUGCAGGAAAGCGAGAACCAUUGUCAACACUUCGAUGACAAAGUGCUGCCGCCGGAGGUGACCAGUAUGGAGCAGGCCAAAGAAGUCUGGGAGACGAUCCCCGCUGUGCAGGAGAUGCCAGUGAAUCCCGUGAUUGCGUGGCCUCAGAGCGGGAGUGCCGUGCGACGUGAUGCGGACGGCACUGUGAGCGUCGCAGGUUACGCUCUUCCAGGUGGCGAAGACGGACCUGUCGUCAAGGUGGAGGUCACGGCCGAUGGUGGUAAGUCGUGGCGGGAAGCUGAGCUGAUAGCGCACCCCGAAGAGAGCAAGUGGUCGUGGAAGCUAUGGCAAGCUCUUACGAAAAACACCCACACCUGGAUGAUCCACAGCUGGGGAAAAGUGUCCACGACAGAGGCGCUAGCCCAAGACAGACCUUGCUGGACUCAGGGGAUUCCGAACCUGAAAGCGACAACGCAGGCGCCAACACAUCGAGAGCUACUGCAGGCAAGGAAACAAGGUCGCGCUUCUUUCCGAGACAAGAAGCAAUGA